CCAUAACAACUGGAAAAGUGUUUAUUAUCAUCAUUCCUCCGUUGACACAUCACGUUAGUGCUUUUUUUUUUCAAGUCUGGCGAAAAGCAACGUCUCAACGCCUCAACUAGUAGUGUGGUAAAGCAGGGAAUGAGCUCAUGAACAUCUCUUAUGAGCAGUAAGGCAAUAAGGACUCAUCACAGUUAUGGCGAAAUCAGUUAUUACGGUGCUGACUUGCAGUUUUAGAAGAAAGCUGCAUGGGACUUUCAGUUCAUCUACAGAUAUUAAAAACUAUCCGUUAUCAUGUAUAUUCAAAAGACACAUAAGUAGUUUUGGGCUUAGCAAACCAAGUGAAUGGAAUAAGGUUGUCUCAGAUGCAGAGAGGAUUGUAGGUUAUCCUACAUCAUUCCUCAGUCUUCGAUGUUUGCUGAGCGAUGAGCUAGCUAAUGUUGCACUGCAGAUGAGGAAGCUAGUUGCCAAACAUCCACUGUUACAGACUGCCAAGGAGAUGAUGUCUGAUGGAAAGCACAGCCUUCAGACACGAGGACUUAUUGUCUUGCUUAUAUCAAAAGCUGCUGGAACAGCUCCUGGAAUGGAUGUCAUGGAGAAGGACCUUGUCAGUGGAAUUUUGCCCAGCCAGCGAUCUCUAGCAGAAAUAACAGAAAUCAUCCAUACAGCAAAUCUCAUCCACAAGGGUGUGGUCAACAUUAGCGAUCUAACCCCUAAAGAUGGACUUCUUGGAGACAUGGAAUUUGGUAAUAAAAUGGCUGUACUCAGUGGAGACUUCCUGCUGGCAAGUGCUUGUACUGGACUUGCUGAGCUUGAAAACACUCAGGUUGUUGAGAUCAUUUCAGGAGCCAUUGGUAAUCUCAUGGAAGCAGAAUUCACUGGAUUCACAGACAAGCAUGGCAAUGCAACCUUGCCCUCUGAUGUCACAUUUUCAGACUGGCUGAAGCAGACCUAUCUGUCUUCUGGCAGCCUGCUUGCCAAAAGCUGCCAGUCUGCCAUGAAACUGGCAAGUCACAGCUCUGAUGUGCAGCAACAAGCAUAUAAAUAUGGGCUUAAUACAGCAUAUGUACAGCAGCUGAGCAACGAACUGAAAAGCUUUGGUAAGGGAAGUCACAUAAAUAUCCAUGUGUCUGCUGCUCCCGUGAUUAUGUUACAAGAACGUAAUCCUAUGUUGGUUCGUGAAUUCCUUAGUGACGGCGUUGUGAAUCAAAAAAAGCUUGUGACAGCAGUACAGGGCAGCGGCAUUCUUGAGGAAUGCUGGAAACUGUGUGAAGACUUCAGUGCUAAAAGCUGUUGGCUCUUUGAACUCGUUUCGCUCGUCCGAUGCCAAAACUGCGUUGACCAAUAUUGUCCAUGCCAUGAAGCGGGUCUAAAGUCGCAGAGGCGGUAAUAAUUCGGUGUCAUGCCAGAGGUCGGAAAAACAACAUUUAUUUGAUUGAUUGUGUGAAUGAAUGAGCAUUUCUGCGCCUGUUUAUAUAAGCAAAUGUCAUAAAUCUGCAAAUAUAAUACUGUUAUGGAAAGAAUA